ACCGCCGCAGCUAGGCUGCGGGUGACGCGUUACGCCCGCGCCGCCGCGCUACCCCGUGACGUCACCACGCCGGCGCCGCCGCCAUCGCUGCCGUCGUACGACCGUUUCCUUAGUAUCCCGGGCUGUAGCGGGCUUAUUAAUAUCAUGAUGAUAAAGUUAUGAUGGAAACUAUUCAGAGAGGUUGAAUGACCUACCCGAAUUCACAAGCUAAUAAGUUGGGAAACUGAAAUUUAAGUUCAAGACUGCUUCCAAAACCCAGAUGUUCACUAAAAUCGUCUUCAGUAAUGGCCUUGGGAUUAAGGUGCUUCCGCUUGGCCCACCCUGCCUUUUGCAGCUCCCUUGCAGCCCUGACCAGACCUGUUUCAGAAGUUACACUGAAGAUGUUGAGUGGAAGACAAAAUGACCAUAGGCAAUACAUGGCCUACCCAGCUUUACCAGUCCGCCAUUUUGCUACCAAGAAAGCCAAAGCCAAAGGAAAAGGACAGUCUCAAACCAGAGUGAAUAUUAAUACUGCCUUGGUUGAGGAGAUAAUCAACUUGGAAGAGGUAGAUGAAGAAAUGAAGUCUGUGAUGGAAGCCCUCAAUGAUAAUUUCAACAAGACUCUCAAUAUAAGGACUUCGCCAGGAUCCCUUGAUCAUAUCACUGUGGUAACUGCUGAUGGGAAGCUUGCUUUAAACCAGAUUGGCCAGAUCUCCAUGAAGUCGCCACAGCUGAUUUUGGUUAACAUGGCCAGCUUCCCAGAGUGUACAGCUGCAGCUAUCAAGGCUAUAAGAGAAAGUGGAAUGAAUCUGAACCCAGAAGUAGAAGGGACACUGAUUCGGGUGCCCAUUCCCAAAGUAACCAGGGAACACAGGGAAAUGCUGGUGAAGCUGGCCAAACAGAACACCAACAAAGCCAAAGACUCCUUAAGGAAGGUUCGUACUAAUGCAAUGAAUAAACUGAAGAAAUCAAAGGAUAAGACCUCAGAGGACACCAUCAGGCUCAUAGAGAAACAGAUCAGCCAAAUGGCCGACGAUACAGUUGCAGAGCUGGACAGACUCCUUGCAGUGAAGACCAAAGAACUCCUUGGAUGAAAGUCUACCAGAGGCCAGCAACGCUGUAGAGUUCAGUUCCUGUGAAUCUCAUGGCAAAUCGAGACUCUCUACCCCAUCCGUACAGAAGGCUGGUACUGGGCAGUUGUUGCUCUUUAUGAGACCCAGCUUUCCACUGGGGCCCCCAGACUUGCUCACUCUCUUCCUAACCCCUGCCUGCCCCAUUCUGCUCUGCAUCUGCUGACAUGAGUGGCCCUCAGAGAAUAUCUGCAGAGGGCCUUUACUCAAGACAUUAUCUUGACUGACGUAGCCAAGAGAAUAGGGCCAUUGGCAGUCUUAGCACCGCCUGCUCUUCAUUUUGGAAACCUUUCAAGCAAGCAGUCAGGCUCUAUCCCAACUUUGAACUCUGCUUGGGUUAAUGUGGGCCUUCACCUAUGACAAAGGUUACGUUUGUUAGAUGCCCAUUUUCACUGAACUAUAAAAUCUAAACAAAUUGGAAAGAAUAAAAACCACAAAGGAAA